UCAAAUAACGUAGAACUUCGGCGAGCGUAUAGUGUGUUUUGAAAUAAUUUUUAUGGUGAAGAAACGGCUUCUUGUUUACGAAAAUCUCUGAGUAAUACAAUUAUACAUUGACUGCAAAUACUAGGUUAUAAUAUUGGCAUUUGGAAUGUCUAGAAAAGGAACAUUAGGUCGAAAAGGCAAGCACUGGUCCCAAAGAGUGCGAGAAAUUAUUGUAGUGAAAUCGGCUAAUGGUAGUUUCAACGUCUGUAUCGAGGGAGGCGCCGAGAAUGGCGAGUUUGCAAGAAUCGGUAGCUUUAAACAAGACAAAGUGAAGUAUAAAAAUGGGAAACUUCAUGUAAACGAUGUGAUCUUAGAAGUGAACGACGUUGCGAUUGCAGGGUAUACUUUACCCGAUGUUGUGAGCUUGAUCAAGAAAACUGGCGACGUUCUAAAAAUGCAAGUUGUAAAGCCAGGUUAUGGAAUAAGUGGUGACUUAAAAGAGUAUUUAGCAGGACGGUUUGAGGAAGAUGAUGUAGAUUCGGAGCUACAGAAGACAAUUCGUGAUAACCUUUAUGAACGGACCGUUCCAUGCACAACCCGUGCACCUCGUGGAGAUGAAAAGCCUGGUAUUGACUACAUAUUUGUAUCUGUUGAGCAAUUCAAGGAAAUGGAAAGGAAAGGAGAACUUCUUGAAAGUGGAAUCUUUGGUGACAACUACUAUGGCACACCUAAACCUCCAAAAGAUCCAACCAAGUUAAAGAUUCCACAAACCACAAAUUCAUAUGAUGACCGGGCCUCAGACACAUCAUCAUUAAAACAUGAACCACCACGUGUAAACAAUGAUGAUACCAAUAUGGGACGUCUCAAACAACAAACUGAACUUUCAAAGUCCUAUCAUGCAGCAUUACAUAUUGGUCACAUGGAUAGUCUUGGUAUGUUGCCAGAAAACUGGGAGAUUGCGUAUACAGAAGAUAAUGAGAAGUAUUUCAUUGAUCAUAACACAGGAACAACACAGUGGCAUGACCCAAGACUUGCAGACAAACAGAAAAUUGAUCCAAAUGAAUGUGAUGAUGAUGAACUGCCAUAUGGAUGGGAAAAAGUAGAAGACCCAAAAUUUGGCACAUACUAUAUUGAUCAUGUGAAUCGUACAACACAAUUUGAGAACCCAGUUUCCUCCAAUAGACGAAGUGAUCAGAGAGCUACCAGAGAACCACCUCCUCCACAUCAAGAACCACCAUCAAUGAUGUCUGCUGCUGCAUUGGCAAAGAAACAAGAAGCCGAAGCAGCUGCAAGAUGGCCAGGUGCUGGUUUUGACAUGCAAGGCUAUCCACAGCCGGGCUAUGACUACAAUGGUUACAACCAGAAUAGUGUAAAGGAAGAACGUAUCACAACUGUGUUACAGAAAGGCUUGCGAGGGUUUGGAUUCACUAUUGUUGGUGGUGAUCACCCUGAUGAAAUGUUGCAAGUGAAAAGUAUUGUACCUGGUGGACCUGCCAGUGUCGAUGGUAAAAUUAGGAUUGGUGAUGCAUUGACUAAAGUUAAUGGUAUGUCAGUAGUUGGUCACAGUCAUCGUUAUGUUGUUGGCAUGUUUCAAUCAAUGUCACAAGGUGAUGAGGUUGAAUUGGAUCUCAUUCGUGGCCAUCCUCUACCAUUUGACCCAGAAGACCCAAAUGUCCACAGUGUUGGUUCAUAUACUGUAGUACCACCCUACAAUGAUGAUCUAGAACCACCUCCAUCAAUUCAAAAUGAUUAUAAGAGUGGCGGUGACUUUGCAAAUGGACACUAUAAAGACACUCUGCAGAUGAAUAAAUCUCAAAAGACCAAUGGUCUUACUCCAAGCGGGAAUUCAGCUUUUAAUGAGCCCAGUCGUGAUAAUCGUGAUAAUCGUGAUAAUCGCGGCAAGCGGCCUGGAAGUGAAGUUUACAACGAUCGAGUGGACGGACCACAGUUUCACUCGUCAACUCUUCCCAGGACAUCAACCCAACGCACGGUUAAAGCAGAAACACCAAAAGUUCAAGUGGAAACUCUGCAUGUCCACGUGGUCAAAGGUUCUAAUGGGUUUGGCUUCACUAUCGCGGAUAGUAAUCAAGGGCAACGGAUCAAGCAGAUCAUGGAUGCCGGCCGAUGCCAGGAUCUCAAAGAAGGGGAUUUGUUAAUCGAGAUAAACGGAUUUAAUGUGCAGAGAUAUUCACACAACGAAGUGGUGAAUAUGUUAAAAUCUUGUCCUAGAGAUACAGAGGCUGAGAUCAUUGUCCAGAGGGGAGUACCACAAGAGCCAAGUCCUAUUGCCCCUAGAAGACCUAUGGAGAAUACGAAACAACGAGCACCCAGAGCGCAGUCCACUCCACCAUUCCAUUCCAGUCAAUACCAAGCCAACAUGACCUCUGCUGGGAUAGCAACUGAAGGUGAAACAACAAGAAAUUAUGAAACUGGUUCUCUUCAACGUAAUGGUAGACAAGCUAAAGUUUCUACUGUAGUUGAAUCAUCGACGGUGAAUACUUAUCCCUCGUUGAGAAGAGCUAUAGCCACUUCGUUGAAAGCUAACGGUGCAGAAACAGGAAGUAUUGGCGGAGGAUCCACGAGGACUGGAGACGAUUAUCUUGAGAUGACGUUGUUAUUAAAACGUGGUGAUGGUGGUUUUGGAUUCCGUGUGGUGGGAGGUGACGAAGAGGGAUCUCAGAUUUCAGUUGGUAAGAUCGUACCAAAGAGUGCUGCACAUAAAGAUGGAAGAUUGCGACGGGGAGAUGAAAUAUUAUCCAUAGAUGAAGUAAGCGUGGUUGGUUCAACACAUCGUCACGCCAUUAGUCUUAUGAGUUCAGCCGCAGCGAAUAAUAAAGUGAAAUUGACUAUAAGAAGAUGGAACAAUGGCAGCCGAUCAGGAAGAUCAACACCGGUUGGAUCUUUACGUCGAAGUCUCUCCCAGGCAUCUCAACUCUCAGAUCUGUCCCAGUCUUCUAGUAAAUUCUCGCGGUCUGCAGGGAACCUUGCUGGAUACAACGGACAUAUGGGAGAGAUGACGUCAGCUCGCAGCGCUCCUUCUAUUGCUAAACCAUACAGAGGGGAACAGCCUCGCUAUUAUGAUGUUAGUCACUACAAGAGCGAAGGUGAGAUGGGGAAAUAUCAAACUGACGGCAAUAUGGCAGAUCAGAAAGAAAUUCUCUUGGAACGAAAUGAGAAUGAAGGCUUUGGUUUCGUCAUUUUGUCCACUAGCAACAGAAUUGGUUCAACUAUCGGUCGAAUCAUUGACGAUAGUCCAGCUGAUCGUUCCCGUCAGUUACAAAUUGGUGAUCGUCUUGUAGCUGUAAAUGGACAAAGCAUUGUUGGAAUGCACCAUAGUGAUAUUGUGGAUAUGAUCAAGCAGUCUGGUACUAGAGUCGAACUAAAGAUUAUUCCUAGAGCAGACGAUGAACCACCAGCUGCUAAGGAUCGUUCUGUUAGAAAGAGUACUGGAGAUGUGUUUUCAUACGAAAUGCCGGACACACGGCCUCGAUAUCGCAGCGAAAGCGCUGAUAUUCUACGUGAAAGAGAAACACAAAAGAGACGAGAUGAAUUCCAAACAUUGACCCAGAAUGGCUAUGACAAUAAUUUGACUGGUAAAUUCAGCCCGCCUGCAUCACAACCACCCGCCCCAGGAAAGAAGGUCCCACCCCCCGUGAAACCUAAACCUAAACGUCCAAACUCUACCAUUCAAAUUAAUGAAGCCGAGCCUCCAUCUCAAGCAACGCUAAGCUACAAGCCAGUUCCAGCACCAAGACGCAGUGUCAGUACUAGCGGUACAUUAGAUCGUAUCAAGAGACAUGACGAAGAGAAUGUUUCAGUCCAGUUAUCACGCGGUCAGCAAGGUUAUGGCUUUAGUCUACGAGGUGGUCAAGAUUUAGGAAUGCCGCUGUUUAUUUUACGAAUGGCUGACGGUGGUACUGCACAUAGAGAUGGAAGAUUGAUGGUUGGUGAUGAGUUGAUUGAGAUCAAUGGUAAAUCAACAUACAACAUGAACCACAGCGAUGCUAUCGAUGCCAUUAAACGAGGAGGAAAUUCUUUGAAUGUCGUAGUUCGUCGUUCUGGUGGUAAACACGCGUAUAUGACAAACACUUUGCCAAAUGGCGGGCACAAUUCCAACGCUCGCAGAGGUCAACAAAGAUUCUAUUACUGAACUUUGUCCACUCGUUCACAAAUAUUGCCCGCUGACACGUCUGUUGGCCCAACAUCCGUCGGACUUUGAAACGAUAUAGAAGAUAAAGGUUUUUAUGAGAACAGUUUUUGUGUAUAGACGUACUCGCGAUGAGGAAAACAAUUUAAAUAAAUCCAACUGGCGUUUUAUUUGUAAAUUGAAUGCUUGUUGAUGGACCUGGUUUCCAUUGAGCCAUAAUUGUUGUAAACAUAUCAAGAUGGAUGAUGUGUCAACUACAACUAGUUUGGUCGUAAGCACAUUCAUCUGGCAUCCAUGAUAGGCCAAACACCCUUAGGACAUGUUUGAAAUACAAAAAAAUGCAAGCUUAGGGCACGUACGUAGCACAUAAUAUUUUUAACCAAUAUUUGACAGCAAGAGUGAAGUUGAUGAUUUAAACAAAGAAUACUAACCAUGGCCAGAUGACAACCUAAGACAGAUACUGACUAUGAGACAGAUCAUCUUUAUUGUUUUUGCGUGAGCGUGAUUUGUGCUCUAUUUGCCACUACAGCAAAUCCCCCUAAAUAAAGAGUGUGGGUGUUGCAGGGUGGAUGUAGAUCUUAUGCAAAAAACAUUGGAGAUGAACUUUGAAACAGGCUUAACUCAAACGUUCAUAACAUAUCCACAUAAUUUGUGUAGAUACUAGAUAUAUUCGUUUAGAAAUAGUAAUACUGAUCUCUAUGUAAGGCUGGAUGUGCAUUACUCGGGAUUUGGUUUGUUGAUUUGAAUGGAUAUUGGAUAUGUAUCCACCAACCAAAAACCAACCAAGCAAUCAUACACCCUUACUAUUUAUAACCAUUUUGGGAUAUGAUUGUGACAACUUCAAAUAUUUGUUAAAAGAUUAUUUCUACAAAACGACAGGCACUAUCCAGUGUUAUCUUGGGAUCAGAACAUUGUGUAGUUAUAGUUUGCAAUGUAUUCUCCAUAGUAUAGAUUAUUUGAAUUCGAGCAUAAUUUUUUUGAGAAGAACACUAUAUAUAUAUAUUAACUUGUAAUGGAUAAAUUUUCAUUUAUGUAAAAUUUGGAUGAUAUAUUUAGUAUUUGAUUGUGAAAAAUCGUUAACACACUUA